GAAUUUAGUUUAAUGUGGACGCUACUUUUGUGCGAUUAUUAAAAUAAUUCUUUUUAAGAAUCAAAAAAUAAAAAUAACUUUCGGGUUGGUUUGUUUACAAUGAUAUCAUUAGUGACGCUUGCUUUGUUAGCUUCAGUGCCUGUGUUAAUUUAUGUAUUUUUGACAUGGAACUUUGACUAUUGGAAGAAGCGGGGUGUAAGAGGACCUAAGCCUACACCUCUGUUGGGUUCAUUCCCAAGCUUAUUUACACAAAAGCAACAUUUUGCUAACGAUUUAAAUGAUAUUUAUCGUAAAUAUAAGAACGAUGAAAAUUAUGUUUCUGUGUUUUUAAUGCGUGCCCCUCAACUGAUGAUUCUUGAUCCUGCCUUAGUACAUGAAGUUUUUGUUACCGCCUUUAAGCAUUUCCAUGACAAUGACGUUGCAAGAUUGGUUGAUACUAAAAAAGAUCCCCUGAUUGCAAACAAUCCAUUUAUUGCAACUGGACAUGCUUGGAAAGAACAAAGAUCCCUUGUAUCGCCUGGUAUGACCGGAACUCGUAUUAAAGUAGCUUAUUCCGUUAUGCAGAAGGUCUGUAACAGUUUUUGCGAUUACAUAGAAAAAGAAAUUAAGAUGAUGCAUAAAGAUGGAAUCAAUGGCAAGGAACUAUCGCUACGUUUCACAGCAGAAAAUGUUUGCGACUCUGUACUAGGCAUUAAUGCCAGAAGCUUUACAAAUGAUCGUAUUCCGGUUGCCGAAAACGUAAAAGUUUUCGCUGAAAAUAAUACAAUAUUUUUAAUCUACUCAAUAUUCGCUGGAUUGUUUCCAAGUGCAAUCAACUUUUAUAAAGCGAAAUUCUUUCCAAAACAUUGUGAAGAAUUUUUUAUAAAUUUAAUGAAACAAGCCUUUAAAAUGAGACAAGAAAAUAAAACUGAUCGUCAGGACUUCUUAAAUCAUUUGUUAUCAAUGUCGGAGAAAAAAGAACUGAAUUAUAUUGAAUUAGCGUCACAUACAAUGACAUUCCUCAUCGAUGGCUUAGAUACAACCGCAACGGCAAUAUCACAUUGUUUGCUUUUUCUAGCUCGCUCUCCAGAUGUGCAAGAGAAAUUACAUGAAGAAAUUGUACAAAAUUCUGAUGAGAAUGGUGAAUUGAGUUUCGAAAAACUUAAUGAACUGCCUUAUCUCGAUGCUUGUUUCCACGAAAGUAUACGCAUGUUCCCACCAGGAUUGUUUUCCACGAAAAUAUGUACAGAACCUUAUGAAUUCACAAAUAAAAAUGGUGAUAAGUUAAAAGUAAAUGUUGGAGAAACAAUAAUGUUACCCUUGUAUGCAAUUCACAAUGACCCACAAAUCUAUCCUGAACCUGAAAAAUUCGAUCCUGAGCGAUUUAUGCCAGAAAAUGGUGGAGUGAAAAAAUAUCGCGAUAUGGGCGCUUUUCUUGGAUUUGGAGAUGGACCUAGAAUGUGUUUAGGUAUGCGUUUCGCUCUGACACAGUCUAAGGCAGCACUAUCAGCUGUGAUUCGUAAAUUUAUCGUUAAAGUUAAUCCAAAAACGGAACCAAUAAAUAAACUGGAUCCGAAAGCAUUCUUAGCUAUGCAAGAUGGCGGUGUUUGGUUAGAUUUUGAGAAAAGGGUGUAGGGCUUUUAUAUUUCUUUAUUAUAAAAAAAAUGUAAUAACUAUUAAAAAUAGCUAUAUAUUGAAGGUAUGCUUGAAAGAAUUUAUAAGAAUUUAAUAAGGAUUUAUUAUAUAAAUUAUUUAUUUCAUUAAGUGUGGUUUCAUUAGAA